AUGGUGUAUAGCUAUAGAUAUGGCUUCUCUGGGUUUGCUGCUACGCUCACCGAUUCUCAAGCCAAACAAAUUGGAGAAUUGCCUGGUGUGGUUCGAGUUAUACAAAACCAUCGUUACAAGACUCAUACGUCAAGGAGUUGGGAUUUUUUGGGUCUCUCUAAAAAUGAUCCCAACAAUCUUCUCAACAAAACAAAUCAGGGUGAUGGAGUCAUAAUUGGCAUUUUAGAUACAGGUAUAUAUGGAGACUCAGAAGCUUUUAACGAUAAAGGGCUAAGGUCCAAUUCCAUCUCGAUGGAAAGAAAAAUCAUUGGAGCUCGUUGGUACAUAAAAGGGUUUAUGAAAGACAGGAAUCUAAAUCCGACAGUGGUCGAAAAAUCUAUUAAUUUAUCACCAUUAGAUGAGGAAGGACAUGGUACACAUGUUGCCUCUACAGCCGCUGGUUCUUACGUUAACAAUCUUCAAUUCUAUGGUCUUAAUAUGGGGACAGUACGAGGUGGAGCACCACUUGCACGUGAUGCUGAUCUUCUUGCCUGUAUUGAUGAUGCUAUAAACGAUGGGGUUGACGUAUUGUCAGCAUCUAUUUGUAGAGAUGGUGUUAAAUCUGCUGAAGUUAAUCUCGAAAAUCUUAUGGGGAUAGGAUCUUUCCAUGCUGUAUCCCAUGGUAUACCUUUUGUUGCUGGUGGAGGAAAUAACGGGCCUGAAUCAAGCACUAUCAGCAAUACUUCUCCAUGGUUGAUAAAUGUUGCUGCUAGCAAUGACGAUAGAGAAAUUGUUACUCCUUUAACACUUGGUAACAACGAGACAAUACUAGUAAGCCUCCAUAACUUUUAUGAUUGUAAGUUACAACAAUAA